CCCGCGCAGGCGCAGGGUCUCCCGGCCCCCGUCACCAGCGCCGCGCGCAUGGAGGCCAACCGCCACGUCCUCUACAUCCUCCGCAACGCCGACGGCCGGGGCACCCCCAAAGGUGCCGUCGUCGGCUUCCUCAAGGUGGGCUACAAGAAGCUCUUCCUCCUGGACCGUAACGGCGCCCAUAACGAAGCAGAGCCGCUUUGUGUCUUGGAUUUUUACAUCCACGAGUCGUUGCAACGACACGGUUACGGGCGGGAACUCUUCCAGCACAUGCUGCAGAGCGAGAGGGUGGAUCCUUGGCGUCUGGCUGUCGACCGACCCUCCGAGAAGCUCCCGGCCUUCCUACGCAAANNNNCCAACCUUCCUCCCCACACCCCCCCUCAGGUGAACAACUUCGUCAUCUUCGAAGGUUUCUUCUCCAACCGGCCGG